CGGGCCUCGGGAGAGCGUAGGAAGGGCGGGGACCCGGAUGUGUGUGGUGGCGGCGGCCGAAGAGCUUGUGUGCGGAGCUGAGAGGCCUAUGGAUGAGGAGGACGCGGCGGCCCCGGUUUGUUCUCAUGAACAAGAUGGAUGACCUGAACCUGCACUACCGGUUUCUGAAUUGGCGCCGGCGGAUCCGGGAGAUUCGAGAGGUCCGGGCUUUCCGGUACCAGGAGAGGUUCAAACACAUUCUUGUGGAUGGAGACACGCUGAGUUACCAUGGAAACUCUGGUGAAGUUGGCUGCUAUGUGGCUUCCCGACCCUUGACCAAGGACAGCAAUUAUUUUGAGGUAUCUAUUGUGGACAGCGGCGUCCGGGGCACCAUUGCUGUGGGGCUGGUCCCUCAGUACUACAGCCUGGAUCACCAGCCUGGCUGGCUGCCGGACUCUGUGGCCUACCACGCUGAUGACGGCAAGCUGUACAAUGGCCGGGCCAAGGGCCGCCAGUUUGGGUCAAAGUGCAACUCCGGGGACCGGAUUGGCUGCGGCAUUGAGCCUGUGUCCUUUGACGUGCAGACUGCCCAGAUCUUCUUCACCAAAAACGGGAAGCGGGUGGGGUCCACCAUCAUGCCCAUGUCCCCGGAUGGGCUGUUCCCAGCAGUGGGCAUGCACUCCUUGGGAGAGGAGGUGCGGCUGCACCUCAACGUCGAGCUGGGCCGCGAGGACGAUGGCGUCAUGGUGGUGGACAGCUACGAGGAUGAGUGGGGCCGGCUACAUGAUGUGCGAGUCUGCGGAACCCUGCUGGAGUACUUGGGGAAGGGCAAGAGCAUCGUGGAUGUGGGGCUGGCCCAGGCCCGGCACCCCCUGAGCACCCGCAGCCACUACUUUGAGGUGGAGAUCGUGGACCCUGGAGAGAAAUGCUACAUCGCCUUGGGGCUGGCCCGGAAGGACUACCCCAAGAACAGGCACCCCGGCUGGAGCCGAGGCUCUGUGGCUUAUCAUGCAGAUGACGGGAAGAUCUUCCAUGGCAGUGGCAUGGGGGACCCCUUCGGGCCACGCUGUUACAAGGGGGACAUCAUGGGCUGUGGCAUCAUGUUCCCCCGGGACUACAUCCUGGACAGUGAAGGGGACAGUGAUGACAGCUGUGACACAGUGAUUCUGUCUCCAACUGCCCGGGCUGUCCGGAACGUCCGGAACGUCAUGUACCUGCACCAGGAAGGGGAGGAGGAAGAGGAGGAAGAGGAAGAGGAAGACGAUGGGGAAGAGAUAGAGCAAGAGCAUGAGGGCAAGAAGGUGGUGGUCUUCUUCACCCGGAAUGGCAAGAUCAUUGGCAAGAAGGAUGCUGUGGUGCCGUCGGGAGGCUUCUUCCCCACAAUUGGGAUGCUAAGCUGUGGGGAGAAGGUCAAGGUAGACCUGCACCCCUUGAGCGGCUAGGCCCUCUCCCUCUACUCACUCUGCGGGGCCGGGCACCUAAGGGUUUGCUCGCCCACCAGGCCCCGGGCCGCUGCAGGGUCUGUCUGCCCUUACCAGUGCAGGCCCCUGUCCAGCUCCUCUGCCCACGUUUCUGACCUGGUGCCUCCCUUAUUGUCAGUCCCUGUCCUGAGUCCCUGGUUGGCCAGGAAUGGGCCCAAAGAAUGGUGUUGCUGUAGGAGGGGUCCCACCUGCUUGGGUCCCCUUUCCCUCACUGGCCCCAUGGGAAUGAGCGGGCGGGUGCCCAGUCUCAGCUGCUAUGUGGGCGUGGCACUUUGCAGCGGGUGGAGCAGAAGCCCCGCCCCCGACUCGCCAUGGUGUUUCUCGAAGAAUUCUCUGUUCUGUUUUCUGUCCUCAUCAUGUGGACCAGCUGCUGCUGUCACCCCCCUGGCUGGGCUGGGGGGGGGCCUCUUGGGCCACCUUGCUCCUUUCAUUGGCUACUGCCCUGAGACUCCCCUUGGGUCUCCUCCGUUCUUUCCCCCAGAGAGCUGGCUUUCUCUCCCUUCCUCUUCCCGUUCAGGCACCGUGGGCCCGCACAGAGCCCGAGUCUCUGCCCCCCCACCUGCAUACACACAGAUGGUCACCCAUCCCACAUCUCAGAGGGAGGGGCCAGGGGGCCCUCAACAUCUUCUCCUCACCCGGGGCACCCUCGGCCCCAGCUCCCUGGAUGGUGCCUGAGGCUCUGGGCUCAUCUCUCCGCGAGGUCAGGAGGAGACCCUAGGGCCCCUCAGCCCCAUCCGCACCCGGCUCUGUCCCCAUGCCCGCUUGCUGCUUGUGCCAGUUGCCUGUCUGCUUCAGUGUUUGAUUCUAGCACUCACUUGUGUCCCCCAGCCUCAGAGCUCCUUCUGCCCCCUGGGCCCCUCCCUGUAACGUGACUUCUCCCUGGAGGAGGGCCUUGGGAGCCUCGGGCCUCGGUUUGCACAGAGUGGGUCGGGCUGUGGGGUGGUGGGGGAGCUGCCCCCUUGGCCCUGGUUUCAGGCCCUGCACUAUGAUGUGUGAAAUGUAUGUACAGACCAGAGAUGUUUACACAGCCAGUAAAGAUGGAGUUUCCAUA